AAUGAUUUUUCACGUCUCAGAAGCCAGACCAACCACAGAGGGUGACUUCUUUUCAGAAGACAGAAUGAAUAAAACCUUUUGCCCUCGUGUCAAUUUCAGCUUUGAACACAGAUUUCUGCCUCCUGUUUACAUCUUGGUAUUCAUCAUUGGUCUGGUAGCCAAUGGAUGGGGACUCAAGUCUUUGCUGCACAACUGGAAAAAACUAAAGAUCAUCAAUAUUUUUGUUCUCAACCUUGGACUUGCUGACAUUUUGUACCUGCUCACGCUCCCAUUUUUGAUGGUGUACUACUUUAUGGGGAGUAAAUGGAUCUUUGGAGAUGCAUUCUGCAAGAUAACAAGAUUCUGCUUCAACCUGAAUUUAUAUGGAAGCAUUGGCUUCCUCACCUGUAUAAGUGUGAACAGGUACCUGGCUAUUGUUCAUCCAGUGAGAGUGAUGGGAAGAUUAACCCGGACUCACUCUGUGGCUAUCUCGAUCGCAGUCUGGCUGUUGGUGAGUGUUCAAAGUCUUCCAGACAUGUUCUACACCAAAACAUUUGGAAACAGAACUGGGAAAUGCUAUGAUACCACCCAUAAGAUCUAUGUUGAGGAUUACCUGAAAUACCGACUUGGAUGGACCCUCACUGGCUUUUGUGUCCCCUUCCUCAUCAUACUGGGCUGCUAUGGACACAUAGCUGUAGUUUUAUGGACAAUGAGGAGAACUGAUAAUGUACAGAAACAGAGAAGCUUGAAGUUGUUGUUCAUCUUGAUUCUUCUGUUCUCUGUUUGUUACAUCCCCUAUCAUGUAUUCACGAACCUUAACCUCUGGUCAAGAGUUUUGUUAAAACAAGGGUUGUGCCGUGAAUGGUCCAAUAGAGUUUACAUUGCUCAUCAGAUAAGUCGUGGCCUUGUGUGUCUGAACAGUGCUCUCAACCCUCUGGUUUACCUCCAUGGAAAUGAAGCUAUUCCUGCUCAGCUCAGACAGCUGCUCCAGCAAGUUCGUCAGACAUUCAGCCGUUUGUCUCUGUCAAACUCGGGCUCUGUGCCUGUGUCACAAACUGCAGAUGAAGUUCAACAAGAGUCAAGCUUUUAAAAACAACUGUUUAAUAACAAAUAGGUCAAAAAGUAGCCCUUGUAAACUUUGUAAUGUAGCUGUGCAUCGCAACUAGUGGUGUAAAUGGACUCCAAUGUGAAUGAAAUUGUCAGCAUUUCUCUUACUUAUUGCAUCCUUUACGGAAUAACAGUUUUGCUGUACAGGGUUUAAUCUUUAUAUGUCAUGAUGCUGUCACCACUGUCUGGUGUUUUAAAUAAACAGAAAAUUCAUGUGAA